GAUCCUUCCUUAUGCACUUGGGUUGUUUUUGAAACAGUUUGCUCUUUUUGUACUGCAAAAUGUUUGCCGGUAAAGUCUUCAAAUCGUCUCUUAGUGGACUAAGAAAUGUGUCGGUACGAGGACAAGUGCCUUCUGCAGCAACUGCAAGUCAGCAGCAGUUCAGCCGGCCUGCGUCCUCAAAAAGACAGGAGACCUCCACCGCCAAGUCCCUGAUGGACGUCGGGACCCGCCGUUUUUUUAACGAAGACCACGAUAUGUUCCGGCAGAGCGUCCGGCGGUUCUUUCAAGAGGAAGUGGUUCCACACCACAAAGAGUGGGAGAAGGCCGGUCAGGUGAGCAGGGAGGUGUGGGAGAAGGCCGGGGAGCAAGGCCUGCUGGGAGUGAUGAUCCCAGAAGAGCACGGGGGCAUCGGAGGAGACGUCUUCUCAGCAGCUAUCACCUGGGAAGAGCAAAUGUACUGCAACUGCAGCGGCCCAGGGUUCGCCCUGCACUCAGACAUCGCCAUGCCCUACGUUGUCAAGUAUGGCAACAAAGAGCAGGUUCAGCACUUCGUUCCCUCCAUGGUUGCAGGGAAAUGCAUCAGUGCAAUUGCCAUGACAGAGCCGGGAGCAGGCAGCGAUCUUCAGGGUGUGAGGACAAAUGCCAAGAAGGAUGGUAGUGAUUGGAUCCUCAAUGGAAACAAGGUGUUCAUCACAAACGGCUGGAUGGCUGAUUUGGUGGUGGUGGUCGCCGUGACGAACCGCGAGGCCAAGGUGGCAGCACACGGCAUCAGCCUGUUCCUGGUGGAGGACGGCAUGAAAGGCUUCCAGAAAGGGCGGAAGUUGGAUAAGAUCGGUCUUAAAGCACAGGACACAGCCGAGCUGUUCUUCGAGGACGUCCGCCUCCCGGCUAGUGCUCUCCUGGGUGAACUCAACAAAGGUUUCUACUACCUCAUGAAUGAGUUGCCACAGGAGCGUCUGGUGAUUGCUGACAUGGCCAUAGCCAGCUGUGAGUUCAUGUUUGAAGAAACGAGGAACUACGUAAUGCAGCGGAAGGCUUUUGGUAAAACUAUCGCUCACCUCCAGACUGUGCAGCACAAACUGGCAGAGCUGAAGACUGAGAUCUGCGUGGGCCGAGCGUUCGUAGACAACUGCCUUCAGCUGCUCGCUGAGAAGCGCCUGGACCCCUCCACGGCCUCCAUGGCCAAGUAUUGGGCCUCGGAUCUGCAGAACAAGGUGGCCACUCAGUGCCUGCAGCUCCACGGGGGCUGGGGCUACAUGUGGGAAUACCCCAUCGCCAAGGCGUUUGUGGACUCGCGUAUUCAGCCGAUCUACGGAGGAACCAACGAGAUCAUGAAGGAGCUCAUCGCCCGCGGCAUCGUCAGCCAGAAGUGAGAGGGUUUCCUGGAGCUCUGGAGGAAAAGUGGUGGACGGUUCUCCACGAGCAAGUGCAGUCUUGCAGGGCAUUAAGGAGGGAGAAUGUACUUGAAUUAUAUCAGAUACCCGUGGGUUUAACACGUUGCACGAACACCUGCUUCUGGGUAAUUAGACACACUUCUACUUCAGCUGCUUUAACAGUUAUUGAGCCACAUCCAGACAAACAUAUCUACAUAUAAAGUGAUGCAGAAAGUCAUUUAAUAUUAUUUUAAUGCUAAAUUUUAGCAUUGUAAAUUGACAUUCAGAUAGACACACUGAUACUCACAUACACAUUCACACAUGACAUAAAUUGAGAUUUGACUAAGUGCAACACCUUCGGGUACAGAUUCUGAUACCUGGGAUCUUUUUUGAGUUUUAUUUUUGUAAUAAAAAGUAAAAAUGACACCAUGUUGCCAGUGUAACGCCAAUACUACACAGAUAACCGACGUGCCUCCCUUUCUCAACCCGCCAUCUCCAAACAAGAAGUUUCAAGGCAGCUUUAGUAACUUUCUGUGCUGGGUUUUGGUACAACUAAGAGAUUGGAUUCUUUUUGUGAAAGUUCUUUGGUGUUGGAGGUGCUGAGAUGAAAUUAUUAGCAGAUACAAGAA